AUGGAGGAAGCGAACGUCAUUACUUCCUACGCCACCAUCGAUUUUUCCGGGAAUAAACUUGAAGGACAGAUUCCUGAAUCUAUCGGUCUUCUGAAGGCACUGAUUGCACUCAACUUGUCGAACAACGCCUUCACAGGCCAUAUUCCUCUGUCGUUUGCCAAUUUUGGCAAGCUCGAGUCACUAGACCUAUCAAGCAACAACCUCUCAGGGACUAUUCCUAAUGGACUCGGGACCCUCUCGUUUUUAGCGUACAUAAAUGUGUCUCACAACCAACUCAAAGGUGAAAUACCACAAGGAACACAAAUCACUGGACAACAUAAAUCAUCAUUUGAAGGGAAUGCAGGGCUUUGUGGUCUUCCUCUACAAGAAAGUUGCUUUGGAAGUCAUGCGACACCAACACAACAGCCUGAGGAAGAAUAUGAAGAAGAGGAACAAGUGUUGAACUGGAAAGCAGUGGCAAUAGGGUAUGGGCUUGGAGUGAUGUUCGGAUUGGCAGUUGCACAAGUCAUUGCUUCAUACAAACCGGAGUGGCUGGUCAAGAUAGCUUGUCUGAAUAAGCGCAGAAACCGUUAG